AUGAGUGGAUUGUAUUUGAAAACGGCAUCCUCGUUGAUGGGCAUGGCUAAAGCCGCCCGCAGUGCAACGGCGGGGGCCAGAUUUAUAUCAACGAGAGUGCAAGUCGAUUCCGUCAGACUCACGACGCCCAACGGGUUCACAUACGAGCAGCCUACCGGCCUCUUCAUCAAUAAUGAGUUUGUGAAGUCACACAAUGGAGACACUAUCAGUGUGGAAGAUCCCUCGACGGGCCAAAAGCUGGUGGAUGUGCAAUCCGGAACAAAGGCAGACGUGGAGUACGCUGUGGAGUGCGCAGAAAAAGCAUUCAAGUCGAGUUGGUCGACAGCAGACCCCAAAUUCAGAGCCCAAGCACUGUUGAGACUUGCGGACUUGGUGGAACAAAGGAGGGAAAUGAUUGCAUCGAUAGAGUCCAUGGACAACGGAAAAGCGCUUAGACUGGCGCGAGGCGAUGUUGGGUUGGUGAUUGAUUUCCUACGUUCCUCAGCUGGAUUUGCAGACAAAUUGGAUGGCAGAAGUAUCAACACGGGCGACGGGUAUGUGAACUAUACGGUUAGAGAGCCCAUCGGCGUCUGUGGCCAAAUCAUUCCUUGGAAUUUUCCCUUGAUGAUGCUUUCGUGGAAAAUCGCGCCAGCUCUGGCGGCCGGCAACACGGUCAUAUUGAAGCCCGCAUCGCCCACGCCAUUAAACGCACUUUACUUUGCGUCGUUGUGCAAAGAGGCUGGAAUACCGGCCGGUGUGGUCAACAUUAUCCCCGGGCCCGGGAGGGGAGUCGGGGAAACACUGUCGACGCACCCCAAGAUCAGAAAGAUUGCCUUCACGGGCUCUACUGGCACGGGCAGAGGCAUCGCGGUGAAGGCGGCGGAAUCCAAUCUCAAGAAGGUGACUCUGGAACUGGGCGGGAAGUCGGCUCACAUGGUUUUCAACGACGCCGAUUUGACCAAGACUUUGCCAAACCUGGUGAAUGGCAUCUUCCUAAACGCCGGUCAAAUAUGCUCUUCUGGGUCCCGGAUCUACGUGCAAGAAGGCAUCUACGACACGCUUUUACCGGCCUUCAAAAAAUACGUGGAAGAGACCGUGACGGUGGGGUCCCCGUUUGAGGAGUCCAACUUCCAGGGCGCCAUCAACAACAAGAUGCAAUACGACACGAUCCUGAACUACAUCAACGUGGGCAAACAAGAAGGCGCCAAGUUGCUCACGGGCGGGGACGCGUGUGGCCAGGACGGGUACUUUGUGAAGCCCACCGUCUUCUACGACGUGGCAGAAGAGAUGCGGGUCGUCAAGGAGGAGAUCUUCGGGCCCGUGGUGACGAUUUCCAAGUUCAAGGAGAUCGAAGAUGGGGUGGCGAUGGCCAACGACUCCGAGUUUGGGCUCGGUGCUGGCAUUCAAACCGAAAGCCUGUCCACCGCGUUGAAAGUGUCCAAGUCGCUCAAGGCCGGCACGGUGUGGGUCAACACCUACAACGAUUUCCACGCGUGUGUGCCGUUUGGUGGUUGCAAGCAAUCCGGCUACGGUCGGGAAAUGGGCAUCGAGGCCUUCGACGCUUACACCUCCGUCAAAGCGGUGAGAAUCAAACUGUAA